GGCCCUGGGGAUGGACCGGAUGUGACGUUGGUGGUCGGGAGCGAGCUCGGUCUUUCCACACGUGGUGUUGCUGAGACGAGUCGGGAGCCAUGAGGCGCCCCAAGUUAAAGAGCGCGAGUAAGCGCAUGUCAUGCAGCAAACGGUUCAAAAUCCAAAAAAAGGUGAGAGAACAUAAACGGAAAGUCAAAAAGGAGUCGAAGAAAGGUGUUGGAACUAGAAAGCCAAAGAGAGAUCUCCGCAUUCCGAAUGAUGCCCCAUUCAAGGAGGAUAUCUUGCGGGAGGCAGAGCAAAGAAAACAAUUGAGAGAAGAGUUGAGGAAACAACAGAAACUUGAAAGACAGAAGGAAGUUGCAAAAAGAAGAGAUUUGAAUAAAACACUGGAAGACAAGAAAGAGAAACCUGUCAAGAAAAAAGCUGAGGAGAAGAAGAAGAAGGUGGUUGUGGCAAAACCAAAGAAACCAUCCAUUAAGAACUUGACCAAAUCUCUCUGCAGAGAAGUGAACAAGGUGAUCGAGGCAGCUGAUGUCAUCUUAGAAGUGUUGGAUGCAAGAGAUCCUCUGGGCAGCCGAUGUGUGCAAGCAGAGCAAGCCGUGCUCCAGUCUCCGAACAAAAAACUCCUGCUUGUGCUCAACAAAAUUGAUCUAGUGCCCAGAGAAAUUGUUGAAAAGUGGCUGCAAUUUUUAAGCAAUCAACUUCCAACUAUUGCCUUCAAGUGUUCAACACAAGUGCAAGAAAAAAGUCUGAAAGAGAAUCCUGAAUGUAUUCAGGGGACUACAGGAACGGUGUGCCACAGAGCAGUUUCCCUACUGAAGGUCCUUCACAGUUUGUGUCCCCCUCAAAGUGAGCCUAUUAAAGUUGGCUUAAUCGGGUUUGCAAAUGCAGGGAAGAGCAGUCUAAUCAACACAUUGAAGCAAUAUAAAGCCUGCAAUGUGGGGACAUCAAAAGGAACAACGAGGAUAAUGCAAGAGGUGAAAAUUGACAACCGAAUCAGGAUAAUUGACAGUCCCAGCCUCGUCGUGUCUCCUGAGAACUCGCCUGUGAUUCUCUGCGUGAGAAGCGCUUUUCAGAAUGACGACGUUGAUCACGUGGGCAACCUCACUAAGAUUUUAAAACAUUGUGAUAAAAAGCAGGUUAUGUUGCGGUACAAUAUUGCAGACUACAGAAGCCCCCUAGAAUUCUUAGAUUUAUUUGCUCAUAAAAGAGGACUUUUGAAAAAAAAAGGUUUGGCCGACCUGGAGGCAGCUGCGAAAAUCUUCUUGGGGGAUUGGAUCGGAUCCAAACUUCCUUACUACACUCGGCCGCCUACAUCAUUUAAAUCUCACAUCGAUUGCAAGCAGACAUCUGCCAUGAUGGAAGCUGUUAACCGUAAACUUCUCAAUGGUGAAAAUAAAAGAAAUAUUAGAGGUGUUAAAAACCCAGGGCUUUCCAGCAGUAUCGGUUUUCAUUUUUCCGAAAUGUCCAAUGGUAUAGUUGACGAAAAUGAAGUCAAAGAGCAGGACCAAGAACCCACUGACGUGGAGAGUGAAGAGGAUGAAAUGGAAGAGGAUGAGGCCAUUGGUGAAGAGGAUGAGGCUAUCGGUGAAGUUGAUGAGAACGAGACCCCAGAGGCAGUAGAAGAGCCCGCACCAAGAAAGAAAUCCAUAAAGGCGGUCAGCUUUGAUAAACCCGCUGCAGUAGAGGAUGAUUAUGACUUCAACGCCGAUUUUAACUGAAACAGCAAAAGGAUUCUGGUCGUGUGCGAGUGGUUAUAAAGCGGAAACUCCUAUUAGACGUUUGAGUCUGUUGGAAGACAACAGUGGUCACUGUAUAUAGAAUGACAUUCUGUAAUGUGGAUUCUGUGAAUCUCUGCUCAUUGAUGUGUAUGCAAAGCCUGCGAUUACUCCAUGUAAUAAAUAUUCAGUGU